GAUCGGAUCCGGAUCGGGAUCUGGCUGAGAGGAUCGGGAUCCGGAGAGGCCCGGCCCGCAGAGACUGGCGGCGGCGAACGGCGACUAGUGGCCCCCAGACGAAUUCGUUCUCCCACUGAAACCCGGAAGACAGGACCACACUGAAGCUGACCAGAAAAAAAUCUGUCUAGAUUCAAGGGAGAAAGGACCCUUUGAAGAUGUCCAGCAAAACAGCCAGCACCAACAACAUAGCCCAGGCCCGGAGGACCGUGCAGCAGCUGCGGCUAGAGGCCUCCAUCGAGAGAAUAAAGGUGUCCAAGGCAUCCGCGGACCUCAUGUCCUACUGUGAGGAGCACGCCAGGAGUGACCCCCUGCUCGUGGGCAUCCCGACCUCGGAAAACCCUUUCAAGGAUAAAAAGACCUGCACCCUGCUAUAGUGGGAGCAAGCUGUCUCCUCUCUUCCUCCUCCUCUGCCUCCUGCUCUUCCUCCCAGUCCGCAGUCGCCCGGUGGGGUUGCAGCGGCGCCUUCUGAGACCUGCCCUCAGCUUCUGGUACCACUGCUGCUUGUCACUUGGAUUCUCUUGGCCGGGAAGGACGGACUCUGAUGUCUUGCAACUCCAAGCUGCCCUUUCUUUGCAAUGCCCUUCACCAAUUUCCAACAGAAUGGGACCUUGUUUUCCAUGUGGGCACCGUGGGAUUGGAUCGGGUGGCCAGGCGAGGAAGGGUGGUCUGAGCCCCUCACUGACACCAUCGUCAGAGCACAGCUGCUGCGGGGAGGCUGAGCCCUAACUUGGCUGAGCACCUGUCACACGAAAAUGCCAAGAAUGGCUUCCUUCACAAAGCCUUUGUACCGCAUGGUGUUCUUAGGGCUGUGCUAACCUGUUCUGCACACAAGGGAGGACUCCGGGAUGUCCAUGUGCAUCUUUGUGUGUACACUUCUCAGAGUUUAUUUCUUCAUUAAAACUUUCCAGUCUGUGUCACAUCAGUUUCCCAA